AGAAAGUACACAGCGGCACUGCAGUACCACAUGUAGACUGUUUAGCCUGAAAACGAUAAGCCUAUCAUAAAGAGGUGAAUAGGUAAAUCAAUGGUAUUAAGAGGGAAUAUGUGUACCUAACAACAUAAAACAUCGGACAUUUUAAUUACCAAGUCAAUGAAAGACCAACUGCCGUAACCCUGUUUCUUUACCAAUGAAAGACAGACGGGGAAACCCCUGUUUCCUCGUGACUAGUUUAAGCGGAUGACUUUCUCCUUGCCUAGACUAUUAGCCGGUGUCUACCGUGAAACUGCUCACACCAAGAGCAUUUUUUUUUGACAUAGCCUACAUAGAUUACACGGACACGAAAAUGAAAUCCUGAAACCGUUGAACAAAAAGUUACUGAUGAUGCCAGCCUUCCAUAAUAAUCCACCACCCCAUUUCAUCUAUGAGAGAAUGCACCGCAGUGGCCCCCACUGUCCUGCCGCAGAGGAGAGCGGUGAGACACCCCCAGACCCUGGAGAGGCUCAGCUGGACUUCUACCGUAAACUGGGCUAUUCCCCAGCACAGGUCUGGACCGUGCUGCGGAGGUUUGGCCUAAACAUAGACACUAACAGUGUCCUGGGGGAGCUUGUACGGACUGGAGUUAACCCCGAUGAGAUGGAGAUGGAGAAGGAGAGGGAAAAUGUGGGAGGCCUGGAUGCCUCCCAAGGGGAGGCUGUCGGAAGCCUACCUGUCACACCAUCCAGCUGGGAGGAUGUAGGCUGUGAGGAAAGAGAUGCCCUGAGACCCAUAGUGAUCGAUGGGAGCAAUGUGGCCAUGAGCCAUGGGAACAAGGAAGUGUUUUCGUGUCUGGGAAUCCAGCUGGCUGUGAACUUCUUCCUGGAUAUGGGUCAUAAUGAUAUUACAGUGUUUGUUCCUUCAUGGAGGAAAGAGCAGACGAGGGCAGAUGUCCCUAUCUCAGAUCAAUUAAUUUUGCGUGAGCUGGAGAGAAAGAAGAUUGUGGUGUUCACCCCUUCACGACGUGUAGCGGGCAAACGAGUGGUCUGCUAUGACGAUCGCUUCAUCGUCAAGCUGGCGCACGAGUCUGACGGCAUCAUCGUGUCCAACGACACCUACCGUGACCUUCAGGGAGAGAGGCCGGAAUGGAAGCGCUUCAUAGAGAAGAGGCUGCUCAUGUACUCGUUUGUCAAUGACAAGUUCAUGCCCCCAGACGACCCACUUGGUCGCCAUGGUCCCACUCUGGAUAAUUUUCUGCGGAAGUUUCCUCGGUUACCACAGAAACAGCCAUGCCCUUAUGGAAAGAAAUGUACUUAUGGGAUGAAGUGUAAAUUUGACCACCCGGAGCGAGCCAACCAAUCCAACUGCUCCGUGGCUGAUGAGCUACGGGAGAAGGCCAAGCUGCAUUUGUCAUCACACAAAUACCCCACCAAAGGAGCUGGACCUGCUUUUGACUUAACACUGGAGGGGAUGGCCCAGAGACUGACCCUUGAACAGGGGAAUGGCUCCCUAAAGAACGGCCACACCAGCGAGAACGUGCUUCUGCUCCGGGGAGGCCAUCGUGCCAGCUGGAGGUCCCCGGUUAAGAAGGACAAGGCCAGCCGACACACGCCGACCAGCCUGGACCUGACCCCGUCCUGCAUCUCUCAGGGCCAACUAGACUCUGGACUGGGCUCCUUUGAGAGCCAGGCGUCGGAUCCCACCAGAGACUAUUGUAAUGCUGGGUACGGGAACUGCCAUUCACAGCCUGUCCUCUGUAUGAGACCACAACGCACUUCCCUGCCUAGCAGCAACCCGUCUUGUAGCUUCUGUUCCCAGCCUCAGCCAUCCAUGGGGGUGAACCCAGGGUACCACCAGCACCACAGCCCACGUCGUAGCAUGGGUUUGGCAGGCCCUUACAGCACCCACAACCACCCAGGUGUGAUGACCUACUGCUCCCCCUGUCACCUCAACGACGGCCACCCCAUGUUUCCUGUCGGUAUGCGUCAGUAUAACCACGGGAGUGACCUCCACCAGCAGGGCAUGGUCCAGCAUCCACCGCAGACGUACUGGUCAGAUCCGUUCGUUGCCCAUCCUCAGACUCUCCGUAGCUCUGGUCAGGGGGAGCCACAUAAACACUGGUCACCUAAUCUGACCCAGAACAGUUCCGGUGGCUGGGAGAAGGAAGAGGUCAGGAAGAAGCUUUUGGCCAUUUUUAACAGACAUCUGGUGGACAAGGCCAUGGACAUGUUCCCUCAGCUCAUGGACCCACAGAGAUUGGCUGCUGAGAUCCUAACCCUGCAGUCUCGAGGCCUGUGACUGGCUGUUGAGAUCCUCACCCUGCAGACCUGGGGGCCUGUGAUUGGCUAAAGAGAUUCUCCCUCUGCUGUGUCAGGGCCUGGUGGGAAUUGUAGUUUCUUUUGGUUCUGUUGAAAUAAUAAAUUUUUAGUCUUCUGUAAAGUGACCGUAUGUGCUCAAAAUAAAUGUGUUAUUACCAUGUUUCAGGGACUAAGUUUCUUAAAUGUCUUUUGAUAUCCUAAAACUGAAGCCAAUGGAUUGUUGGUACAAAUUUUAUUUUCUAAGUGUUUAUAGACCCUUGAAUGUAGUAGAAAGGUUAAUUAAAAAAAAAAUAUUUGGGGAGGAAUGUUCUGUGUGUAUUUACAUAUGUCUGUAUUUGUGCCCUAUGGUUUUUGCUUUGAAUUAAGAGCUAUGGUAUUAAGAGUUUUAUUGGUACUGUGCCAUAAUGGAGUGACAUGGUUACCUAACUAUUAUGAUAGAGAAGAGGGGAUCUGAAUUCCAGCUUUGGUUUACACUUAUUUUUUUUAUAAUAAAAAAUCUAAAUAUUCAAAAACAGAAAUUGAAGAGUAGGAUAACAUUUGCUGAUUUACUACUGUCACCAUGUACUUUAUAUUUAAAAUGCUGUAUGUGAAGCAGUGUAAUAGGAUAACUGAUAUUGUCCAUUAUUGUGUACUUUUGUUAAAAUGUAAAAUGUUCAAACAGAUUCAGACUUGCUGUGUUGUUUAUGAGCAAAGUUAUCUUAUUUUAUUAAUGCAGUUGUAUACAGUUAAUAGAUUAUUAUUGAAGUGUUUAUGCAA